CAGCUAGAGGAACUCGGCGGCUGCGGGUGCAGACGCCCGCUUACCUAGCAUGUCUUCCCGCGGGCCAUCGCAGCUCCCGGCGGACGAACCGCCCUGGACUGUGCACCUCCUGCGUGCGACUCGGGGGCUGCUGCGGCUGGACCCAAGCGGAGGCGCGCUGCUGCUGUUGUGUGGCCUCAUCGCGCUGCUGGGUUGGAGCUGGCUGCGGUGGCACCGGGCGCGGGAUAUACCCCCGGGUCCCACGCCCUGGCCCCUGGUGGGUAACUUUGGCUAUGUGCUCCUGCCGCCCUUCCUGCGGCGGCAGAGCUGGGUGAGCCGCACCGCGAGGGCCGCAGGGAUGGACCCCACGACCCAGGCCCCGCAGGUGAUCCUGGCAAAACUGGCUCGCGUGUACGGCAACAUCUUCAGCUUCUUCAUCGGCCACUACCUGGUGGUGGUGCUCAACGACUUCCACAGCGUGCGCGAGGCGUUGGUACAGCAGGCCGAGGUCUUCAGCGACCGCCCGAGGGUGCCCCUCAUUUCCAUUUUAACCAAGGAGAAGGGGGUUGUGUUUGCACAUUAUGGCCCAGUCUGGAGACAACAGAGGAAGUUCUCUCAUUCAACUCUUCGUCAUUUUGGCUUGGGAAAGCAUAGCUUGGAGCCCAAGAUUAUUGAGGAGUUCAAGUAUGUGAAGGAGGAAAUGCAAAAGCAUGGAGAAAAUCCCUUCAGCCCUUUCCCCAUCAUCAGCAAUGCCGUCUCUAAUAUCAUUUGCUCCUUGUGCUUUGGACAACGCUUUGAUUAUACCAACAGUGAGUUUAAGAGGAUGCUAGAUUUCAUGUCCCGAGGGUUAGAAAUCUGCCUGAACAGCCAGCUCCUCCUGGUCAACAUAUGCUCCUGGCUGUAUUACCUUCCCUUUGGACCAUAUAAGGAAUUAAGAUUAAUUGAAAAGGACAUAACCACUUUCCUUAAACAAAUCAUCAAAGACCAUCAAGAGUCUCUGGAUGGUGAGAACCCUCAGGACUUCAUAGACAUGUACCUUCUCCACAUGGAGGAAGAGAGGAAAAAUAAUAGCAACAGUAGUUUUAAUGAAGAUUACUUAUUUUAUAUCAUCGGGGAUCUCUUUAUUGCUGGGACAGAUACCACAACAAAUUCUUUGCUGUGGUGCUUGCUGUAUAUGUCAUUGAACCCUGAUAUACAAGAAAAGGUUCAUGAAGAAAUUGAAAGGGUCAUUGGUGCUGACCGACCUCCUUCCCUCACAGACAAGGCCCAGAUGCCCUACACAGAAGCCACCAUCAUGGAGGUGCAGAGGCUAACUGUGGUGGUGCCACUCGCCGUUCCUCAUAUGACCUCAGAGAAAACAGUGCUCCAAGGGUAUACCAUUCCUAAAGGCACAGUGAUCUUACCCAAUUUGUGGUCAGUACACAGAGACCCAGCCAUCUGGGAGAAACCAGAAGAUUUCUACCCAGAUCGAUUUCUGGAUGACCAAGGACAACUUUUAAAAAAAGAAUCCUUUAUUCCAUUUGGGAUAGGGAAGCGGGUAUGUAUGGGAGAGCAGCUGGCAAAGAUGGAAUUAUUCCUCAUGUUUGUGAGCCUGAUGCAGAGUUUCACAUUUGCUUUACCUAAGGAUUCUAAGAAGCCCAUCCUGACUGGAAGAUUUGGUCUAACGUUAGCUCCUUAUCCAUUUGAUGUAAUCAUUUCAAAGAGGUGAAGAGUACCACUAAAAAGAGAAGGUAAACAGAUACCUAAAUAUGUAUUCUUCUAAGUUUUUCUACUGCAGUUGACAGUGGGUCCAGCAACUCAGUGGAUCCAGGUUAGGCUCAGAUCAAAGUAUGACUGGAGAGAGGAUAGAGCUCAUGGGAGCUUUCGUCUUAGAGGAUUCCUCAACAGGACAUUUUAGUCACUUUAGUAACACUUGUGUCUGAUUUACCAAAGUACCAGAUCGGGAAGCAGGAACUCUGGAUUUUAGUUCAUGGCUUCCACCAAUGAGUGUGUCUUCUCAUCCCUCAGUGCCUCCGUCAUCCAUCAUGUUAAAAUGAGAGUAGCAAAACUUCCUUUCUUUCUACCUCUCAGCACUAAGGAAGGUCAAAUGCCUCAGAUUUUUUCCAAUUUGACCAAAACGCUGUUAAGUUCUAGAGAAGAAAAUCAGCAGUAGAAGAUCUACCUCCUGACUUUUUAAGACCUCCAGCAAUAGGAAAGUCAUGUCCAGCCUUGGACACUAUCAUCAGAAAGGUUAUAUUCCUCUCCUGUUCUCCCUACCACCAGGCUCUGUGUCUGAUCCUUGAAUACUCUCAAAGACAAAACCAGGAGGGCAAGUUUAUUCUUUAUUAAAAGAACUACAUUUUUUCUUAAUAAAGAGGAUCCCUCUAGAAGAACAGUUUUUAACCCCGGGUGGUAACCCCUUCCAAGGAUGUUUGCAAAUAUGUGAAUGCACACAUUUCUUUCCUUCCUUCUUUCUUUCUUUCUUUCUUUCUUUCUUUCUUUCUUUCUUUCUUUCUUUCUUUCUUUCUUUCUUUCUUUCUUCUCCUUCUCCUUCUCCUCCUCCUCCUUCUUCUUCUUCUUCUUCUUCUUCCUCCUCCUCCUCUUUUUUGUUCAUCAUGAUGAUGGGGGUCCUGCUCCUGGCCUUUUACUGCCAUGGAGGGGUGGGGAUGCUAAAUGGCAAAGUGGUCCUAUGAGAUGAAGAGUUGUCCUGCCCAGUGGGCUGUUAUUUCCCCCAAUGAGGAUGUGCUUCAAAGAGUGAUUGGCCCUUUCCUUGAUUUUCCCAUAGUACUCUUUAUAUGUAAGAAUCAUGAUAAAAUAUGAGCAACUGGAUUUUUGAACCCUUUCUCAUGCUGGCACCCUACCUGAUGCUUUGUGUGCAUUUAUAAUUGCCACACUAAAAGGUGCCAGUUUGUAGCUAAUAAAGCUGAGGCCUUGUGAAGUUCAUGCACAUAAUUGAGAAGUGUCAUCACUUGGCAUCACUAGUCCCUGUGAAUGGAGAGCGCUCUCUAGCCAUUUCUCAGUAUUGCCACCUCUUGAGCUUGCAGCUGGCCCCAGUUAGCUGGUCCCAUUUCCACUCAGGUUGACUGAGGUAAGGAUGUAGUGCUGUUUCUCUCUUCCAGCCUCUUGCUUAGAGUGGAUGCCCAGUCACCGUGUGAAUGACUUUUAAGAAAAUUGCUUAAGGGGAAAAUCCCAUCCCAUUUGAAUGCCUACAGGUUGUAUUUUUGUUGCUUAGAGAUGAUUUUUAAAAAACCAGUGUGUAUUAUUUAUUGUCCGUUUAAGCCAGCUUUAAAAAAAUUACUAGACAUUUAUUCAUCAUUUAAAACAACCAUAUUAAACUAACUUAGACUGAUGCCUUAAGAGUUCAAAUAUAACAGGAUUUAAGCUCCUAGCAGCUGGAUACUGCGCCACAUCCAUGGGCCUCUUACUCACUUUCCUGAAGGAGGGAAGGAGCUACUGCUUUUCCUCUUGAUAGCAAAGAAGGCAAGAAAAGAGCCAGAGUUGUUGUUACUUUAAGAAUUAAAUGAAAAGAUGAAAUACUGAAUUGAACACUUUGAUCAGAAAGGCCUCCCUUGAUUGCCACCCUUCCUUGCUCUGUUUUCCAGACCAGUAGAGACACCAAAUCUCAUUUACCUCUGACAUCUUCAUCUGUCACUAACCACUUUAGGUACCCAGAUCUUCUUAGUUCAUGAUUGGCAUUCCAGGACAGUUCUGAAUGUGAGGCUGAAUUUUUCAUUUGAGCACAUUCCUAGGCAGACUCCUGCAUGCUCAAGGAGUGAAAAUAAUAUUUGCUUAAUAAAAACCUAAGAAAAGAUGGAAUAUUAUGUAAUCAACUAUUGAUUUGAUUUUGACUCUAUAUUCUUUGUAUUAUCUAUAUAUUGUUCUUUUCCUUUUUAUAAAUGAAAUUAAGCACUUGCAAUACAGGUAGAUGAAAUACAGGCUAAUCCUUAGGUGCCUUAAGGAUUUUAUUUUUAGUAAUAAAAAAGAAAAGCUAAUAGACUAAAUGCAGAGGAGCUGAGUGAUGGAGAGGUUGUACAGAUUAUAGAUGAGGUAAUGCUUGUGUAGAUUGAUUAUACUAUACCUGCAACACGACAGUAUGUUCCUGAAAUGAAAUUCAUAUGCUUUUUUGAAUUGCACUAAUAACAGCAUUAGCAAGUUUCUUACUCUUUAUAGAUGGAUUUUCAGUAUUCCUAACCAAAGAGUUUGUUACUUACUUGAAAAAAGAACUUCUGUUUUCCAUGAGAUUGUGUCAGAAUCAGAAGUUAAUUAAACUUUUAAAUACCAUGCCUCCAACUGUAGCAUUUAAAAAAUAUCUUUAUAUGGUACAUGACUAAAGGACUGUUGAUGUUUUUCUCAAACAUUGACAUUUUUCAAUUUGGCAUUUCACAGUUCAUCUGAAAUGUAAAAGUAAUUUUACUCUAUUUUAUAAGUAUGCCUAACCUCUAACUUUGAGUCUUCAUCUAUAUUUAACAGUUUUUGGUGCUUUUAUUAAACUUUUUGUUUUUGUGGA